GGUGGAGAAGUGGGCGGAUGACAGCCGGGACUGUGGUCAUCACUGGGGGCAUCUUGGCGACAGUGAUUCUGCUCUGCAUCAUUGCCGUUCUCUGCUACUGUCGGCUCCAGUACUACUGCUGUAAGAAGGACGAGUCGGAGGAGGACGAGUCGGAGCCGGACUUCGCGGUACACGCGCACGUGCCGCCCCUGCACUCCAACCGCAACCUGGUGCUGACCAACGGCCCGGCGCUCUACCCCACCGCCUCCACCUCCUUCAGCCAGAAGUCGCCGCAGGCCCGGGCCCUCUGCCGCAGCUGCUCCCACUGCGAGCCGCCCACCUUCUUCCUGCAGGAGCCUGAGGAGGAUGAAGCGGACGAGGGUGUGCGCAACGGAGGGGGGCGCGUGGCCUACAGGAGCAUCAGCCAGGAAGACGUGGAGCUGCCGCCCGGGGGCUUCGGAGGCCUGCAGCCACUCAACCCCAACCGCCUGUCGGCCAUGCGAGAGGCCUUCUCCCGGAGCCGCAGUGUCAGCACCGACGUGUGACCCUGCGCCCAGAGCCCACAGCGUGCGGCCACUCCGCCCUAGGAGGCCCUGAGCCAUGGCAGGAUGCCUGUUCUGCCCACCC